GCGUCACGUGAUAGCUAAUUCCCAGUAAGCAAUGGGGACACCAUUGAAUUCAAACGAGAGGUUGUAAAAAUUUAAACAGUCCGAAAAUUUGUUAUUGAAUACUCCGUUCUUAGGAAUGGCUCGUUUCUCAGAUGAACAUAGCAGUUUCUAUGAAAAGACUGUUAUCGAGAUUCGUUGCAAGUUCUGUGACAGAAGCCUUAGCUCACGAGGAAUGAAGGCCAAUUUAAUAGCCGAUGUUUCUGUGGAGUUGUAUUCGACGGAUUCCCCCCAGAUUGUAAAUAUUCUCCCAGUUGGAUGUGUGCGAAAAGCAGAAACAUGUUUUUGUAUGGUAUCUGAUAUUGCUUGUAUUGGUUGUGGUAAUAUUGUUGGUUAUCAUGUCACCAAGCCAUGUACGAACUGUUUAUCUUCAUGCAACAAUGGUCAUUUCUGGAUGUUUUUGUCAGAGGCAUCUUAUCAAAAUGAAUUGUAUGAUGCAGAUGUAGACAGAGUGAAAUGGGAAUAUCUUUUAGACAACACUGACGGUAAAAAUUGUGCGAUUGGAUCUAUACAAAGAAAGUAUUCAGAUGACUGUUUGAGGUAAGAUUUUGUUGUGAACAGCUUUACCUGUUUAGAGAUAAUAUAAUUAUUGAUACACAGAGUAGACAAUAGGUAUUUAAGGAUGAAAUCCGUUUUAUUUAGUUUGUAGCAAAUUGUUAAUAUUGUGAAUUGAAUCUGAAUUUUCAAUGAUGUUGUAUUUUUAUGCUAUGUGGGUAUCAAGACUUUAUUUUUCGUUUCCAAACUAUAGAGCUGUCUUGUUACCUUUUCUCUGCAAAAGCAUCGCGAAUGGGACUGAAGAGAGACCCAGGGAGGAUGAAGAAGCUUAACCCUCUGAAUAUUAAUUUCGCUUGGUUUUUACCAUAUUGACCAGAAAAAAAUUGACGGCUUUCCUAAUCCUAUAACCUUACUUAUUUCUUCGUAAAACAACCUGUAUCCACAGUCCUAUUUUCAAGAAAAUAUGACUUUUAAUUCAGAACUAAAUUCAAUUCUGCUUUAUAUUGAUAAUAAAGGGGAGUUCUUCACCUAAUCUGGGAUUGAAAAAUAUAUUUUAAAAAUUCGACGAUUUCCCUAAGCCUACAGCCUUGCCUUUUUAUAUCGAAAAGUGACCCUUGUCGACCGUCCUAGUUUUAUAAAAUAUAAUUCCCAUUUUAGAAUUAAAUUCAAUUCUGCUUUAUUUUGAUAAUAAAGGGGAGAUUUUACCUAAUUUGAGACUAAAAGAUAUUUGGAAAACUUGACGAUUUUUCUAAGCCUAUAGCCUUGCCUUUUUAUAUCGAAAAAUGACCCUUGUCUACCGUACUAUUUUUAGAAAAUAUAAUUCCUAUUUUAGAAUUAAAUUCACUUCUGCUUUAUUUUGAUAAUAAGAGGGAGAUUUAACCUAAUUUAUUACUAAAAAAUAUUUGAAAAAAUUUCACGAUUUUCCUAAGCCUAUAGCCUUGCCUUUUUAUAUCGAAAAGUGACCCUUGUCGACCGUCCUAUUUUUAUAAAAUAUAAUCCUUUUUUUAAAAUUCAAUUCAAUUCUGCUUUAUUUUGAUAAUAAAAGGGAGAUUUUACCUAAUUUGAGACUAAAAAAUAUUUGGAAAAAUUUGAGGAUUUUCCUAAGCCUAUAGCCUUGCUUUUUUACAUCGAAAAUUGCCCCUUUUCUGCAGUCAUAUAUUCAAGAAAGUAUAAUUUUUAUUUCAGAAUUGAAUUUAAUUCUGCUUUAUUUUGAUAAUAAAGGGGAGAAUUAACCUAAUUUGAGACUAAAAAAUAUUUAGAAAAAUUUGACGAUUAUCCUAAGCCUAUAGCCUUGCCUUUUUAUAUCGAAAAAUGACCCUUGUCUACCGUACUAUUUUUAAAAAAUAUCAUUCUUGUUUCAGAAUUGUAUUCAAUUCUCCUUUAUUUUGAUAAUAAAGGGGAGAUUUAACCUAAUUUAAGACAAAAAAAUAUUUGAAAAAAUUUGACGAUUUUCCUAAGCCUAUAGCCUUCCUUUUCUUUAUCGAAAAUUGACCCUUGUCUACCGUACUAUUUUUAGAAAAUAUACUUUUUAUUUAAGAAUUAAAUUCAAUUCUGCUUUAUUUUAAUAAUAAAGGGGAGAUUUUACCUAAUUUGAGACUAGAAGAUAUUUGUAAAAAUUUGACGAUUUUUCUAAGCCUAUUGCCUUGCCUUUUUAUAUCGCAAAAUGACCCUUGUCGACCGUCCUAUUUUAAUAAAGUAUAAUUCCUAUUUUAGAAUUAAAUUCACUUCUGCUUUAUUUUGAUAAUAAAGGGGAGAUUUUACCUAAUUUGCGACUAAAAGAUAUUUGUAAAAAUUUGACGAUUUUUCUAAGCCUAUUGCCUUGCCUUUUUAUAUCGAAAAAUGACCCUUGUCUACCGUACUAUUUUUAGAAAAUAUACUUUUUAUUUAAGAAUUAAAUUCAAUUCUGCUUUAUUUUAAUAAUAAAGGGGAGAUUUUACCUAAUUUGAGACUAGAAGAUAUUUGUAAAAAUUUGACGAUUUUUCUAAGCCUAUUGCCUUGCUUUUUUACAUCGAAAAUUGCCCCUUUUCUGCAGUCAUAUAUUCAAGAAAGUAUAAUUUUUAUUUCAGAAUUGAAUUUAAUUCUGCUUUAUUUUGAUAAUAAAGGGGAGAAUUAACCUAAUUUGAGACUAAAAAAUAUUUAGAAAAAUUUGACGAUUAUCCUAAGCCUAUAGCCUUGCCUUUUUAUAUCGAAAAAUGACCCUUGUCUACCGUACUAUUUUUAAAAAAUAUCAUUCUUGUUUCAGAAUUGUAUUCAAUUCUCCUUUAUUUUGAUAAUAAAGGGGAGAUUUAACCUAAUUUAAGACAAAAAAAUAUUUGAAAAAAUUUGACGAUUUUCCUAAGCCUAUAGCCUUCCUUUUCUUUAUCGAAAAUUGACCCUUGUCUACCGUACUAUUUUUAGAAAAUAUACUUUUUAUUUAAGAAUUAAAUUCAAUUCUGCUUUAUUUUAAUAAUAAAGGGGAGAUUUUACCUAAUUUGAGACUAGAAGAUAUUUGUAAAAAUUUGACGAUUUUUCUAAGCCUAUUGCCUUGCCUUUUUAUAUCGCAAAAUGACCCUUGUCGACCGUCCUAUUUUAAUAAAGUAUAAUUCCUAUUUUAGAAUUAAAUUCACUUCUGCUUUAUUUUGAUAAUAAAGGGGAGAUUUUACCUAAUUUGCGACUAAAAGAUAUUUGAAAAAAUUUGACGAUUUUCCUAAGCCUAUAGCCUUCCUUUUCUUUAUCGAAAAUUGACCCUUGUCUACCGUACUAUUUUUAGAAAAUAUACUUUUUAUUUAAGAAUUAAAUUCAAUUCUGCUUUAUUUUAAUAAUAAAGGGGAGAUUUUACCUAAUUUGAGACUAGAAGAUAUUUGUAAAAAUUUGACGAUUUUUCUAAGCCUAUUGCCUUGCCUUUUUAUAUCGAAAAAUGACCCUUGUCGACCGUCCUAUUUUAAUAAAAUAUAAUUCCUAUUUUAGAAUUAAAUUCACUUCUGCUUUAUUUUGAUAAUAAAGGGAGAUUUUACCUAAUUUGCGACUAAAAGAUAUUUGUAAAAAUUUGACGAUUUUUCUAAGCCUAUUGCCUUGCCUUUUUAUAUCGAAAAAUGACCCUUGUCUACCGUACUAUUUGUAGAAAAUAUAAUUCCUAUUUUAGAAUUAAAUUCACUUCUGCUUUAUUUUGAUAAUAAAGGGGAGAUUUAACCUAAUUUGAGACUAAAAAAUAUUUGAAAAAAUUUGACGAUUUUCCUAUGCCUAUAGCCUUGCUUUUUUACAUCGAAAAUUGCCCCUUUUCUGCAGUCAUAUAUUUAAGAAAGUAUAAUUUUUAUUUCAGAAUUGAAUUUAAUUCUGCUUUAUUUUGAUAAUAAAAGGGAGAUUUAACCUAAUUUGAGACUAAAAAAUAUUUUGAAAAAUUUGACGAUUUUCCUAAGCCUAUAGCCUUGCUUUUUUACAUCGAAAAUUUCCCCUUUUCUGCAGUCAUAUAUUCAAGAAAAUAUAAUUUUUAUUUCAGAAUUGAAUUUAAUUCUGCUUAAUUAUGAUAAUAAAGGGGAGAUUUAACCUAAUUUGAGACUAAAAUAUAUUUGAAAAAAUUUGACGAUUUUCCUAAGCCUAUAGCCUUGCUUUUUUACAUCGAAAAUUGCCCCUUUUCUGCAGUUAUAUAUUUAAGAAAGUAUAAUUUUUAUUUCAGAAUUGAAUUUAAUUCUGCAUUAUUUUGAUAAUAAAGGGGAGAUUUAACCUAAUUUGAGACUAAAAAAUAUUUUGAAAAAUUUGACGAUUUUCCUAAGCCUAUAGCCUUGCUUUUUUACAUCGAAAAUUGCCCCUUUUCUGCAGUCAUAUAUUCAAGAAAGCAUAAUUUUUAUUUAAGAAUUGAAUUUAAUUCUGCUUUAUUUUGAUAAUAAAGGGGAGAUUUUACCUACUUUGAGACUAAAAAAUAUUUGGAAAAAUUUGACGAUUUUCCUAAGCCUAUAGCCUUGCUUUUUACAUCGAAAAUUGCCCCUUUUCUGCAGUCAUAUAUUCAAGAAAGUAUAAUUUUUAUUUCAGAAUUGAAUUUAUUUCUGCAUUAUUUUGAUAAUAAAGGGGAGAUUUGACCUAAUUUGAGACUAAAAAAUAUUUUGAAAAAUUUGACGAUUUUCCUAAGCCUAUAGCCUUGCUUUUUUACAUCGAAAAUUGCCCCUUUUCUGCAGUCAUAUAUUCAAAAAAGUAUAAUUUUUAUUUCAGAAUUGAAUUUAAUUCUGCUUUAUUAUGAUAAUAAAGGGGAGAUUUAACCUAAUUUGAGACUAAAAAAUAUUUGGAAAAAUUUGACGAUUUUCCUAAGCCUAUAGCCUUGCUUUUUUACAUCGAAAAUUGCCCCUUUUCUGCAGUCAUAUAUUCAAGAAAGUAUAAUUUUUAUUUCAGAAUUGAAUUUAAUUCUGCUUUAUUUUGAUAAUAAAGGGGAGAUUUAACCUAAUUUGAGACUAAAAAAUAUUUGGAAAAAUUUGACGAUUUUCCUAAGCCUAUAGCCUUGCUUUUUUACAUCGAAAAUUGCCCCUUUUCUGCAGUCAUAUAUUCAAGAAAGUAUAAUUUUUAUUUCAGAAUUGAAUUUAAUUCUGCUUUAUUUUGAUAAUAAAGGGGAGAUUUUACCUAAUUUGAGACUAAAAAAUAUUUGGAAAAAUUUGACGAUUUUCCUAAGCCUAUAGCCUUGCUUUUUUACAUCGAAAAUUGCCCCUUUUCUGCAGUCAUAUAUUCAAGAAAGUAUAAUUUUUAUUUCAGAAUUGAAUUUAAUUCUGCUUUAUUUUGAUAAUAAAGGGGAGAUUUUACCUAAUUUGAGACUAAAAAAUAUUUUGAAAAAUUUGACGAUUUUCCUAAGCCUAUAGCCUUGCUUUUUUACAUCGAAAAUUGCCCCUUUUCUGAAGUCCUAUAUUCAAGAAAGUAUAAUUUUUAUUUCAGAAUUGAAUUCAAUUCUGCUUUAUUUUGAUAAUAAAGGGGAGAUUUAACCUUAUUUGAGACUAAAAAAUAUUUUAAAAAAUUUAACUAUUUUCCUAAGCCUGUAGCCUUAUUGUUUUAUAUCAACAAUCGACCUUUUUUCACCGUCCGAUUUUUAAGAAAAUAUUAUUCUUAAUGCAGAAUUAAAUGAACUUUUGUUUUUUAUUAUAUAAAGGUGAAUCAACCUGAUUGGGGACGAAAGGAUAUGAUAAAAAAUUGACGAUUUUUCUAAAUGGAAGAAUUUGACGGUUUGGUUAAGUUGACCCUUACAUUUUCAUCGAAAAUCGACCCGUCCUCUCAGUCCUAAUUUCAAACAAAAUAGAGGCCUAUUGCAGAAUUAGACUCAAUGCUGCUUUAUUUGGAUUAUAUCGAGGAGAAUAAAUUUAAUUUGGGACGAUUUUGCUCAUCCUAUAGCCGUAAUUUCUUUAGAAGUUAAGAAGUUAAAUUGUUCAUAAAGUCGCUAUUUUUAUUGAAAAAUACGUCUUCCAUCCCAGACCUAAAUUAAAUUCUUCUUUAAUUUUACCUUUAAAAUUAACCUCCUUCGAAAAAAAUUGUCGAAAAAAUUCACAAUUUUUCUAAGCCUAAAGGCUUGUCUUUUUCCUGAUACAGGCCUUCAAAUUGCCUUUAAAAACGGCGCUUCUUUACUUUCAUCAUAUAGAUUGAAAUUAGCUUUUUGUCAAUACGACCUGAAUAGCUGUUUACGACCAAAAUGCUUGAGGCUUGGUAGGUCAAAGACAAACACGAGUAAUGGUUUUCACCAAAAUCUAACCCUAUAGCCUAUAGCUAGUUCGUUUUUUCAUCUCAACAACAGGCUUCAAAAAUGCUUCUUGAGUUGCCUGAAGGCUUGACGGUAAUUGUAGGAAAAAUCAGUCUGAUGGAGGUGUUCAGAACACUGGUGGCACACAAAAUUUUGACGAGUCUAUAUGUGAUGUGUUGCUUUGGAGUUGAGGCUUUGAGGUUUCAAAGGAAAUUCACAAAUUUUUUGUUAAGUCCGGCAAAUGAGGUUUUGCUUUCAAAGGUAUCUGUUUUUAACAAGGCAGGGAAUGAUUGGCCAUAGGAAAUGCAUUAAUGAAUUUAUAUGAUAGUUUACUUCACUCUCUGAUUUGAUAUAAAUAGCAGAAUCAAAGGUCGUUGAAAGUUUAAGAGACAAAGCGAAAAAGAAGCUGCAGAGAAGACCAAGACCCAACAAUAGUCGCAGUUCAUCGAGGUAAGGAAAAAUAAUGAAUUAGUCUGUUUUCUACGCUUUGGCGAAGCAUACUGGCCAAGAGCCAACUCAUAAAAUCGAACUUUUACAAACACUCAAGUCCACUGCUUCUUGUAGUACGCUGGUACAAGUGAAUAACAGAUCUGAUGCAGUUGUUGAAAAUGUUUCUACAAUACGAUAUACUGUACAAGCAACAGAAGCAACCUUAAAACAGCAAUCCAAAACUAAAAUUCUUUUUAUUUGACAGGUUUCUUUGAAAAUCAAAACUUUCUCGGUCAACCAAGGUCAAAACGUUUUUAUGGAAUACCAAAAACAGUACAAAGAAAAAUUUACGCUAUGAAUCGAGACUCUAGAAUUUCACUCCGUGCACUGCAGACUUCGGGCAACGAAUUAGCUUGCCAGAUUACACCCUUUUCAGAGGUUUCUACUACACCUUUCGUCGUAGUUGAAGACCAACGAUCACUCUUUUCCGAUAAUUCAUACUGGACACAGAUUAAUAAAUCAAAAGAAACAACAUAUCCCACGAUAGGCAUAACUAGAGUUCUUAGUUCAUUACCUUAAAUAGACCAUGGCAUAUCUGCACGAACAGGCUCGUUGACAAAAAAGCGCCUUAAUGUUGUCAAGAUCAAUUCGGGCUACAAAUACAUAAAUUUAAAUUGAACGAGACAAAACAUUCUUCACUUAACGACCAAUAAUAACCAAAAUAUGCUAUACAGAGUUUACGAUAUACAAAGCUGCACAUUUAAGUUCCUAAAAAUAAACAAACAAGGUACGUUGAAUGACUUACCAACUUGGGAUAGAUGUCUGCAGCAAGCAUCUUUAUGGCAGUGGGAAGAAGCCAAAAAUGGUGUUUACCAGGGCCUAAUUUGACGCAGAACUGGGAACCACCACUAAAAGCGUCAUAGCAAAGCAUACAAAAAGUAGCAAAUAAAUAAAUAUGAAAAGGUUAAAAACUGGCUGGACUCUGAAUCUACUGCACUAAGAACGAGGGUAGGAAACAGAAG